AUGCCUCUUGACACCUCCACCACAUACCCUCUGACCCGACUACGCCUGGACGGCCGCCGAUGGAACGAACUGCGCCUUAUGCAAGCCCAGAUCUCGACGAACCCUGCCAGCUCCGGAUCAUCAUACCUAGCAAUGGGAAACACCGCAAUCAUGUGCUCUGUCCAUGGACCUGCAGAGGGCCGCCGAGCAGACGCUGGUGGAAGUGCCGGUGCGGUCGUCGAGGUGGAUGUCAAUGUCGCCGGAUUCGCUGGUGUCGAUCGACGACGACAAGCUGGAGGAAGCGACAGACAAUCUUCGCGCAUUGCAACUAUCCUCCGCGCCGCUUUCCAGUCGCAUUUGUUUACCUAUCUUUACCCGCAUAGCACUAUUAGCAUCCACGUCUCCGUGCUCUCUUCUGAUGGGUCUCUACUCGCGACAGCGAUAAACGCGUGCACACUCGCCUUGGUAGAUGCUGGUAUUCCCAUGCCCGGGCUCUUGUGCGGCUGUACCACAGGCAUGAGUGGCACCGCGUCUACUCCAAAGGAUCCUCGACAUGAUGAACUCGACCCGCUCUUGGAUCUAUCUCUUCCCGAGGAGCAGGAAUUGCCUUCGAUGACAAUUGGUACCACAACUGUAAUUCCCGGAGAAGAUAAUAUGGAUGAUGAUGAUGAUGACGAGGAGGACACUCAGGUUGAGAUAAUGCAUAUGGACUCUAAGGUUCACUCUACUUAUGCUGAGAUGAUGCUGGCGGUGGGAAUUGAUGGAUGCAGCCAGAUCCGCGAGUUACUACAAGGAGUAAUCAAAGCAUCGAACCGAACGUGA